AAAGGCAUUAAAGAUUAAUUUCAAAUCAGGAUACAGAGACAAUUGUUCAAAAGUCAAACAUAACGUCACCGAUCCGUGUACAUGUAAAAUUGUCCUUAAAACACACACACACACACAUACUCUCACACACAAAUACGCAAUUGCCAUAAGCCUUACCAAAUCCAACCACCCCCUAACUGAGUUGGCAGCGCAAGUAGUAUAAAUAUGGACGUUAAACUGAAGCAACAUGUCACUUUCAGUUUGUUUUCGAAGUUCGCAGGACAACCUCGGAUACCAUGCGUUGUCUAAAUCUAAUAUUUUUCAUUGCCCUAUGGAGUGGAACAUUGGCUCAGGUUUUGGAUGUAAUGCCCAUGCAGCCCAUUAACAGUGGCGGUUCACCGCCCAACGGCCAUUUGGGUUGUCAUCGCAAGCAGCUAACGUAUCGUGUCACCCAGGCCGAUUCUAAGGGAAGAGAAUGCUGGGACUAUGUGAGCGUAUCCGCAUGCUGGGGCCAUUGUGAUUCCAGUGAAAUUUCCGAUUGGAAGUUUCCCUAUAAACGCUCCUUCCAUCCAGUGUGUGUCCAUGCCACACGUCAACCGGCUGUUGUCCUUCUGGGCAAUUGCCAUCCCGAGGCCGAUGAAGAGGCUCGUCGCUAUGAAUACUUGGAGGCUGUUUCGUGUCAUUGUCAUACUUGCUCCACCAUGGACACUAGCUGUGAAGCGCCCGCCAAUAACAUUUUAGAUGUGAAAUCGGGAGUUAAGGUUUUGGCGCUUACCGGCAUGGAUUCGGAUGGUUUGGACUACUAGAAAUUGUUAUUUGUAAAAAUAAUGCCAAAAAAGGGAUAUAGUUUUUUUUAGUUUUUUAAUGUAUUUACAAUUUAAACAAAAAAGAAGUUAAUCUGUGCUAAAUAAUUGUGCCAAUUAAAAUUUAUAUAGCAGUACUUUAGUGCACACAGCGUAAAUGUUGUUAUUUUAA